AGGAUGACCGCCGGCUCGUAACAAUUUAGCAAUCGCUGCAUUCCCGGAGUUCUAUCGGCUGACCACGAGACCUCUGCCCUCUUAUCUCAGACCGGGCGUAUCACUCGGUGGGGAGCGUCGUGUUCUAUGAGUAAAUAGUUUUGGAUAUGUGGCGACUCAUAGCGUUGUUAGCGCUAUGCGCGGGAGUGCGCGGUUGUGAGCUGGUCCCUGAUGAAACCAGCGUGGCCAAGUCUCCCGGGGACAACUUCUACCGCCUGCUGGUCAACGGCGACGUGGAGCGGUACGCGCCCGGGGAGAGAUAUGUUGUGACCCUGGUCGGCUCUCGCACCCACGACGUCGUGCAGAAGUUCACCCGCUUCAUGAUCACCGCGGAACCCCUGGAUCCAGCUGCUCCGCGGUCCGCCUCGCGCCAGGGCCAGUUCCAGCUGUUUGCAGACACCUUGUCUCGCUUUGAAGACACUUGCGUCAACACGGUGGUGGAGGCUGACGACCUGCCCAAAACUGAGGUGCAGGUCAUGUGGAAGGCGCCCCCGACUGGCUCGGGAUGUGUGCUGCUCAAAGCCAUGGUGUACGAGAACCAGAGCCGCUGGUUCGCGGAGGACGGUCAGCUGACGCGGCGCGUCUGCGAGGACACCUCCCUCUCCGCCUCAGACUGCUGCGCGUGCGACGAUGCUAAAUACAAGAUGGUGUUCGAAGGACUGUGGUCUGCGCAGACGCACCCCAAAGAUUUCCCGGUGCAGGCGCUGUGGCUGACGCACUUCUCUGACGUCAUCGGUGCCUCCCACCCCAAGAACUUUUCCUUCUGGGGACCGGGAGAGAUCGCCACCGACGGGUUCAGGAUGCUAGCGGAAUGGGGUUCAGUCCAGCUCCAAGAGCGAGAGCUCCGUCAGCACGGCAAGAAGCUGCGCUCCAUCAUCAAGGCCCAGGGGCUGUGGUACCCCAACGUCAACUCCAACACCUCCACCGUCUUCACUGUGGACAGGAAGCGGCAUCUGGUGUCGCUGGCUUCCAUGUUUGGACCCUCUCCGGACUGGGUGGUGGGUGUGAGCGGGCUGGACUUGUGUCAGAAGGACUGCUCGUGGGCUGAGUCCAAGGUCAUCGACCUUUUCCCUUACGACGCGGGCACUGACAGCGGCAUCAGUUACAUGUCACCAAACGCAGAAACAGUUCCCCGCGAGAAAAUGUACCGCAUCACGACCAUGUACCCCGAGGAUCCGCGCGCGCCCUUCUACAACCCCUCGGCCAAGGAAGUGGCUCCCAUGGCGCGGCUGAUCCUCACCAGGGAGAAGCUCAUCCCGAGAGGAUGUGAUGAGGAAACCCUGCAGUCCUUGGUAAUUGAGGACGAGGAUAGCGUGCAGGCUGCUGCUAAACCGGAAUGCGCGGUGUCUGAUUGGGGCGCGUGGUCAGCGUGCUCGGUGAGCUGCGGCAAGGGGCUGCGCAUGCGCGCGCGCCAGUACCGCCGCCCGCCGCGCGCGCAGGCGGCCGGCUGCCAGCGGCAGCUCGUCAACAAGGAGAUGUGUGUGGCCGAUGUGCCGGAAUGCGAAGGCAGUUCCGCUCCCGAACCAGAGGUAGACAACGAGGCGGCUCCCAGUCUCCAAGACCUGGACGAGGUGUGUCGCACCGGCGAGUGGGGGCCCUGGAGCGAGUGCUCCGUCACCUGCGGGAUCGGCGUCAGCACCAGGAGGAGGCAGUUCCUGAAUCACAUGGGGUUGAAGAAGUGCCCGCUUGUUAGCAUCGAGGAGAACCGCAAGUGCAUGGAGCCGCAAUGCACAGAGCAAGAGACGGAGAUCUCGGACCCGUCGUGUCCCACCACAGAGUGGGCAGGCUGGUCCCCUUGCUCAGCCACUUGUGGACGCGGAGUAAGGUUCCGCACUCGCCUGCUGCUGGUGCCGCCGGAGCAGCAGCAGCAGUGCUCGGCGCGCGUGGAGCUGCUGCAGCAGCGGCCGUGCCGCGAGCAGGACGACUGCUCCAUUGACAUGCUCACUGCUAAACGCAUCUGCAUGGAAGAGCCAUCGCAGGGCCCAUGCCGCGGCAUGUACCAGCGCUGGGCGUUCGCGGCGGCGAAGGGCAUGUGCGCGCCCUUCAGCUACGGCGGCUGUCGCGGGAACCGGAACAACUUCCUCACGCAGGAGGACUGCCUCGCCACCUGCUCUGUGGUGCUCGGAGGCGGGGCGGGGCCUGUGCCGGCGCCGGGAGUGGCCGCCCCCCCGGCCGUCAGCUCCAACUACCCGGGGCUCAGCAUCAGCUCCGUGGUGGCCGUGCCUGCCAGCGUCGCCAGUCCGUCCCUGUCUAACCCGGGAGACUGUCAGAUGAGUCCCUGGUCCGCCUGGAGCCGCUGCAGCGUCUCCUGCGGGCUGGGGUACCAGGAGCAGACCAGGACUGUGCUGUCGGAGGCAGCGCCGGGCGGCGCGCCGUGCCCGCAGCGCCGCUCCCGCCGCCGCCGCUGCACCAGGCAUUGUUGAACUCUCUUGAGACCGGCCAACGAGAGAGCGACGACCAACACUAUACCAGACUUAGAAUAAUAUCCAGAAUACAGACAUACAAUAUUCAGAAUAGUUACAAAGAUUUGAAACAAGGCUUUUUAAAACAAAUAGCAGACAUUUUGUGACGGAUCAAGACAGCGUUUUUACAUGAAAUACAUACUUUGUAUGGGGUUUCGUUACAAGGGGCUUUAUCAUUAUACUAUAAUUGCGUCUACGAGUAUAAUAGCGUGUACGACUCCUAACCUAACACGAUACCCGUCAUACGAAUAUGUUAUUUUUCAGAUACCAGUCUUAAAAUAAUAUUCGGAAAUAAUUUUCCAAAUAAAGGGUUAUUUGUAUUUGAACUCGUCCGACAAAUUAUUUUACGUCAGUCUUCUUAAGUAGCUCUAUGUGUAGUACAUGUGAUAGCUGAAACCUUUGUUAGUAAAUAAAAAAAAUAUUUUGUAUAGUCAAAUGAAUAUACCAAAGAUAGAUAAUACUCAGUUCAUUAAUCUACUUAAGCAUGAAGCAUUUCCAAGCAUUAAGUUUUAUAUUUUUGUAUAAGAUAUUUUUAUGGCAAUAAAAGGGCUUUAAGCAUU